AUGGCGAAAAUGAGGGGAGACGCCGAAGUCUACUUGCUGGACAGUGAGGGACGACAAGUGAGGACGAGACUCAAACAACCAUUGUACAUCCCAUCGUUUCCACAGAAUAUCUUUUCGGUCAAAGCUGCGACAGCCAACGGAGCGGAGGUCCGCUUCAAAGACGGUGAUGACUGGCUGAUUCACAAGGAUGGUUACAACCAAAUGGAUGUGAAGACGGCCUACCUCCAUGCUCCGAUGGACUGUGAGGUAUAUGUGGAACAACCGGAAGGUUUUGAGGUCAAGGGUGAUCGCAUAGACGGGGUGAUCGGGGUAAUCGAUAUUGGCCAGCUGCAGCCAGUUGCUAAAGGAUGUCCCGCAAGAACUGCUCCAGCUUGUUCCCUGCUGGGCAACUUUGAGCCAGAUUUCCAAGCUAAUGGAGACUUCAUCAUUGGAGGACUUUUCCCCAUGCAUUACAGGGUUGAGCCCCCUGACCAGAACUUCACUUACAAACCAGCUGCUCCACAAUGUUAUGGAUUUGAUCCCAGAUCUUUCCGCUGGGCCCAGACCAUGAGGCUGGCUGUUGAGGAGAUCAACCAGACUCCAGACCUGUUGCCUAACAUCACGCUGGGAUACAAGAUAUAUGACUCAUGUGCAACCCACGUUGCAGCACAACGGACAGUUCUGGCAGUUCUGAAUGGACCAAGCGAAUUUCAUUCUGCACUUUGUUUUGGUGCAUCUCCUCUUCUGGCUGUGGUUGGAGAUUCUGGGUCAUCUCAGUCCAUCGUUGUCUCCAGGACUUUGCAGCCUUUCAGAAUCCCAAUGAUCAGUUACUUUUCAACCUGUUCCUGCUUCAGUAACCGAAGAGAAUUUCCAACAUUUUUUAGAGUUGUUCCUAAUGAUGACUAUCAGGUGAAAGCCAUUGCUCAUCUUCUGCAAAACUUUGGCUGGAUGUGGGUUGGAUUGGUCACUGAAGAUGAUGACUAUGCAAGAUUUGCUGUACAGGGACUUUUGAGGGAAUUUAAAAACACUGGCGUGUGCUUGGCCUACCAUGAAAUAAUACCCAAAGUGUACAAUCAAAAAAGAGUUCUUGAAAUCCUUGAUGUAAUGAAUCACUCCACUGCAAGAGUGGUUAUCAGCUUUGCAGGUGAAGGGGAGCUCUAUCCCUUCUUUAAAGAGUACAUGGAUCAAAACAUUACAGGGAUCCAGUGGAUUGCCAGUGAAGCCUGGGUAACAGCCUCACUAUUUACAGGCAGUGAGUUUUAUCCAUUUCUAGGAGGUACUAUUGGGUUUGCCAUUCGGCAGGGAAAGGUUGCCGGACUGAGAGACUACUUGAUGAGUGUUGACACUGUGAGGUACCCCAGUAACCCCCUGGUGCAUGAGCUGUGGGGUGCUUUGUAUGGUUGCUCUUUCUACCCCUCCAGCAACAGAAGCCAGGCCUUCUCCCAGCUGCCCCCCUGUUCAGGGCUGGAGCCCCUGAAGGAGCAGCACUCUGCCUACCUGAACACCUCCAGCCCUCGUGUUUCCUACAAUGUGUACAAAGCUGUGUACGCCAUAGCUCACUCCCUGCACAACCUCAUCAGCUGUAAGCCUGGGAGAGGGCCCUUCCAGGACUCCUCAUGUGCUGAUGUGACAAACAUUCAACCGUGGCAGCUUCAGCAGUAUCUUCAAGAAGUUUCCUUCAGCAUUUCUGGAGAAGAAGUUGACUUUGAUGUUAAAGGGGAUUCGAUUCCAUCAUAUGAUCUGAUAAAUUGGCAAAGAGGUGCAGCUGGGAAGAUUGAGUUCAAAACUGUUGGGCUGUAUGAUGGUGCAAAGGAUGCUGGAAAGGAGCUCUUCAUCCAGGACGCAAUCGUAUGGACAGGCCAACAGACAGAGGUGUUGGUGUCUGUGUGCAGUGAGAGCUGUGCUCCAGGAAGCAGGAAGGCUGUCCGUCGUGGGGAGCCUCUGUGCUGCUUUGACUGUGUACCAUGUGACGAUGGCAAGAUCAGUAAUAAGACAGAUUCGAUAGAAUGCACAUCUUGUCCUGAAGAUUACUGGUCCAAUGCAGCCAGAACUGAAUGCAUACCCAAAGCGAUUGAGUACCUCUCCCAUGAUGCAAUGGGACUGACCCUGACUGUGAUUGCUGUACUAGGAGCCUGCCUGACUGUUGCUGUUCUGGGAGUUUUCCUCUACCACAGGAACACUCCAGUUGUCAAAGUCAACAACUCAGAGCUGAGCUUCUUCAUCCUAUUCUCUCUGACUCUGUGCUUCCUGUGUGCGCUGGUGUUCAUCGGAAAGCCUACAUCAUGGUCCUGCAUGCUGCGCCAUACUGCCUUCAGCAUCACUUUCUCACUCUGCAUCUCCUGUAUCCUGGGGAAGACUCUGGUGGUGCUGGCUGCCUUUACAGCCACCAGGCCUGGAAACAACAUCAUGAAAUGGCUGGGGCCCAAACAGCAGAGAUUUAUCAUAUCUGUCUGUACCUUCAUACAAGUGAUAAUCUGUGCAGUGUGGCUGAUCACUGCUCCUCCUUUCCCAAAUAAAAACACUCAGUACCACCGGUCCAGAAUAAUCCUGGAGUGUAGUGUUGGUUCUGAACAGGCCUUCUGGUGUGUUUUGGGAUACAUUGGGUUCCUCGCUGCUCUGUGUUUUAUUUUGGCUUUUCUGGCCAGGAAGCUUCCAGGAAAUUUUAAUGAGGCCAAAUACAUCACCUUCAGCAUGCUGAUCUUCUGUGCAGUGUGGCUCGCCUUUAUACCAGCGUAUGUCAGCUCACCUGGAAAGUUCACUGUAGCUGUGGAGAUAUUUGCAAUUCUAGCAUCAAGUUUUGGGUUACUGCUGUGUCUGUUUGCUCCAAAAUGUUACAUAAUUUUACUGAAACCACAGAAGAAUACCAAGCAACAUCUGAUGGGAAGGUUAACCAACAAAUAA